AUGAUUCAUCCUAUUAAUAUACCAGAAGAAUUAUUUGCUGUAAACCCCCGAAGGCCUAAAUUAUUACUUAGUAAUAAUGAUAAACCAAGAAAGAAGUUAAGUUAUACUAAUGAUGGUAGAAAAAUGGUUGAUGAUGUUAUUAAAUCUCCCCUAUCACCUAAUAGUAUAUGGAGAGAAACAUUUUUAAGAACAUUUAUUCGAAGAUUAUCUUUAUCAAAAGUUAAUCCAACAACCAAAAUAAUUGAUAAACAAAAAACACCUAUUACUACUAAUGAGGAGGAUAAUAUUUCAAGGACAUCAAUUUCAAUUGAAACAUGUGAUAUGAUAGAUAUUGUAGAUUUAGAACCAAAAAAUAAAUAUAAAAGUGAAAGUGAUGAAAAUAAUAUAACAACAGUCAUUCUUGAAGAUGAAGAAAUUUUAAAAAAUUGUUGUCCAGUUGACUAUGAUGCUAUAUGCCCAAUAUUAGUUGAUUGUUGUCAAAAUAUUAUUGAUACAAAUGGUGACAGGAAGUAUCAAGAAUUUUUAAGAUGUGAUUUUUCUAAUAUAAAUAAAAAUCCUUUAUUUUGUCAGGAAUAUAAAGAAAAAAAUGAUAAUUCUAAGGAUGGUAGAAAAAAUUCAAUUGAUUUUUUACCAUCUCCUGUUGGGAAUCGUAUUUGGCUGGAGGAGGAAUCUUGUAAUUGUGGAUAUGAUUCACAAAUAAAAUUUAAUAUUCAACAAAUUCAUAAGAAUGAUGAUAUUAUAUCAAUUGAAGUACAUAUCAUAAAUGGAAAUGAUAUAGAUAUUCUUUUUAAAACACUUCUUCAUGUUCAUAUCAAAGAAAAUAAUGGAAAUGAUACAAGAGCAUCAGUAAGUGAAAAUAUUCAUAUAUUGAAGAAACAUGAUGAUAGAUAUAUAAAAAUUUGGAUUUCAAUAAAUGAUUUAAUUAGAGAAGCUCUUGAAGAUGACAAUAAAUGUUUAUUACUUAUUGUAAUGGCUAAAUUAGAAAUGAUAAAUCAUGUGGUAGAAUGA